UGUCUAAUCCAAUCAAAAAGAAUUUAAGUUUGCUAGUUCUUAUUUCACGUGCAUGACGCAGCGUCCUAGUAAUUGUGUGUAUUUCAGAGCAGGGAGAAAGAGAAAACAGUUUUGCUCUUAAAGACAGAGAAAUAAAGUAAUAAUAUUUUUAACGUAAAUCAAGAAAAUUUCAUUCGGACUCACGUGGUUUUAGUCUUUAGAUAGCGAAAAAGUGACAGUUCUACUUUCGUUUUGAAGUCAUGGCUGAUUUUGACAGUUCAGAAAAAAAUUGUGUUAAUCCUUCAUUUAGAAAAGAAGAAGUUUACACACUGGAAUGUUUGUGUUGUAUGAAUAGCGUUUGUGACAGAGGGAUGAAAUCAUUUCUUAUUGCAGACGAAAAGAUUGAGUUAUAUUCUACAGACCAGGUUGACAGAAGUUUGGUGGAUCUUACAGAUGAGAAAUUCAGAACAGACAAAUGUAGAUGCCAGAUACAAAAUAUAGCUUGUCUUCAGUGUGGGAAUGUUGUAGGCUAUCACGUGUCAAUGCCAUGUCGACCAUGUCUUGAAGCUCAGAACAAUGGACAUUACUGGAUGUUUUAUAGAAGUGCCACCCUUCCCUAUCCAAGACUCAAUAUUGCAGGUACAGACACAAUGUUGUGGGGAGACUUGUCACAGUGUAACGAAGAUAGUAUUUGUGAUACAUACUGGGGAGAAUGUGAACGAUGAAAACAAUGAAAGUGCUACAUUUAACAUUGGUAUUAAAUACUCGCAGUGAAACAGCUGAGCUUAUUAUAUAAACUGUGCAAAUGCAAGUUAUGAAUCAGACAGGAACAUGUUCAUCAUCUAAUUGAUGUUACAUAGAAGACUGAUAGUGUAUACAAGUAUAAACUUUUAAAGAAAAUGUUGUGACAUGGGUAAUACUGCCUGGUUAUUGGCACUUUCUGUGUUAGCCAGAUUUUAGAGAAAUAUUUUGUUGGUGUACAUACUGUUGAAGAAAGGUCUGUGAUAUUGUUCAUGAGAAUGUUGCUCAGUUAAGGACAGACGUGCUUUUUUUUAAAAAGCUCCAGUGUUUAACAAGAGUGUUGUCGGAAACACACCUUAGAGUUAUGAUACAUUUAUGUUUACUUGAUGCACAUUUUGUCUUUUUUAUACGUAACCUCCCGUGUGCAAGGCCUAGGAGAAACAUAGUGUUUGAACUGUUAGUCAGUUCAUUUGUCUGUUACACUUUGUUGUGUAUUUGGCUCGGAUUACACUAUUACAACUACAUUAAUUUUGUACAUUGUGUACUCAACUCCUACAAUUUCCAUCCAAUUAAAAUGAAACUUGGUACACAUCAGUAUAAACUGCAAAUGUGUUUAUUUUCAGAAUUUUCGUUUUCAAAUAUUAUAUUUUGAAUAAGCCCCUUUUAUAAAGUUUAUAUUGUUCUGUCAAGUGUUUUCAGGGGACAUGUGUAGUACAAUGUUGACAGGGGUUUCUCUGCCAUUUACCAAAUGAGCCAUUUGCUACAAAUUCAUGAAAGUGGCUUAAGCCUUGUACAUGUUGCUCUCAAAAUGAGGCUAACUUCUUGCAAAAUGUAGGUAAAAUUCUAAUUGUUAUUUUUGCGCUGAAAUUUGCUCAGAAGUGUUGAGCCAGGGUGACCUCUCAUUGACAUCAUUCUUGUUUAUCUUUACAUUAAAGUACCAAUUCUAUCCUGCAUCAUGUUACUAUAUCUUGUGUACCACUGGAUUUGUAAAGUUCCCUGACAAAAUAAGUACUAGUAUGUCUGUGCCGAGUAUUAAAUGUUGUAUAUUAUUACUAAUUUUGCUCCAUUUAUAUACAAAGAAAAUUCUUCCUUUGCAGUACUCGAUGAAACAGAAGGUUUGGAUUAUUUCUGUUUAGAUUUUUUGUUAGAUUGUAACAAAUUUACCAGUGUUAUUGUAAUGCAUUUUCUGACAGUAAUAUUAUAUAGCAUGAUAGAAUCUGAAAUUUGUGUUUCUAAAUAAAAUACAAUGUAGAAGUGUGUUACAUUACCGGUAUUCGGUUUUCAUUUUGUAUUUUGGUUGUACCAAGAACAUGUUAAAAGAAUACAUUAUAUUCAUUACACCAUAUUUUUGCUACAGUGCUUGAUGUUAGGGCCAUACAUUGUGUCAAUAUUUGGUUUACACGUUAUCUGUUGAACAGAAAUGUUUAAAUAAAACACAACACUUA